AUGGCAGGGUAUGAGGACAUCUCCCGCUGCCGGUGGCUGGGGCUGAGCUCUCUCUCCACGUCCUGCAGGUCUGCGUUGGGCAGCAAAGCCGCCCUCUCCACGCUCUCCAUCCUGGUGGCCCUGCUGAUCGCCGGCCAGGCUGUCACCGUCUACUUCGUCUACCAGCAGAACGGGCAGAUCAGCAAGCUGACCAAGACCUCCCAGACCCUGCAGCUGGAGGCGCUGCAGAGGAAGCUGCCUUCCAGUGCCAAGCCGGUCAACAAGAUGAAGAUGGCCAUGGUGAACACACCCCUGGCCAUGAGGGUCCUGCCUCUUGCCCCCUCUGCAGGCAGCAUGGACACGUCCCCCGCUAGCAACAAAACCGAGGACCAAGUGAAGCACGUGCUGCUGCAAGCAGACCCCAGGAAGAUGUUCCCGGAGCUGAAGGACAACCUGAUGGACAACCUGAAGACCCUGAAGAACACCAUGACUGAUGUGGACUGGAAGGGCUUUGAAUCCUGGAUGCACAAGUGGCUGCUGUUUGAAAUGGCCAAGAACACCAAGCCGGAGGAGCAGAAGGUGGUCCCAGCAGAGAAAGUGCAAACUAAGUGCCAGGCGGAGGCCGGUUUUGGGGGUGUCCAUCCGGGUCGCUUCCGCCCUCAGUGCGAUGAGAACGGCGACUACCUGCCCAAGCAGUGCAAUGCCUCCACGGGCUACUGCUGGUGCUCCUACAAAAAUGGCACCAAGAUUGAGGGCACAGCCACUCGGGAAGAGCUUGACUGCUCCGGUGCCGUUGCUACCACUGCAGAGCCGGAGGAGAUGAUGUUCUCCGGGGUGGACAUGCUCAAGCUGGGUGCAGAGAAAGGAUUCUUUGCCACAUUCCUGGCGUAUCACUUGUUCUAUCUCCCCGGCAUGGCCCAGGAGGCUGAAAUCACCUUUAAGUGA